CAAGGACUCUUGCAUCCCCACGGGCCUUCACAAACCACGUUCUUCAGGGCUUCUGACUCCUGAAGCAAUCCGAUCUCGUCGCAGUCUAUCUCAACUGCUUGCCCAGCCAGCGCCAGCGCGUCUCGCUUCUGGUUUUCUCGGUCGUCAGACAUCCUCCUAGCCUCCCUUGGAUUGAAACAUGUUAGCGACAAUGCGACCCGCCCCACUGCAGCAACCGCAACAUGCGCCUCAUUACAACAGCUCAGGCAUAGCCACGCCCCACUCACGCCCACUGUCGAGGGCAGGAUCCUCAUCAUCUGCUCGAUCGAGUGCCAAGGAGCCCAAGACAAAGCGCAAUACGUCGCGUGCAACGGGCUCCGAACCUGCCUCAUCAGCAUCCACCAAUUCAUCGUCUAUGAAGAACGAGGUCAAGGCUGCAGAAGUGCCUCAAGUCGUCGGCUCCUCGACCCCAGGCCUCAUCUCGCUGAGCAAGCCAAUGGGCGGCGAUGCGCGAGCCACGUCUUCGAAGACCAAGAAGUCAAGGGCCAAGCAGGGGCAACUAGUCAAAGUGGAUUCAUCAGACGCUUUCCCGCGCUCCAGCUCGACUGCCGAUGCAGGAGUCAUGUCUACGUCAGCUCCCGCCUCUUCCCACACAGAAGGAAGAGUGUUCGAGGCCGACGGAGCUCUGACAUGGCAACAGCAGCUCAUGAGCGGUCAUUCGGCAGGAAAAAGCAAGUCGACUGCUGGCAAGAAAGGUGGCGCCCGGCUCAAGUCGGCUGACUCGCCGGCGAACGCUGAGGCCAGCAAAGACACCCAGAAUUGGCAGCAAUCCCUCCUCAAUUCCACCUCCAAAGCGAAAAGAGGUCCCAAGUUCGACGUCUUUGCAGACGCUCGGGAUGCUGAAACCUUCGGGGAUAGUCGAUCCAGCGAACUGCAACGAUCUGGCAGUAUAGGUGAAGAUGUGACGAGGGUCAAGGUAGUGAAGAAGGCUGCCGCUGCACGAAACACCAUCUCUCGUGGUUCGGCGGCUUCAGCGUCGUCGUCGCACAGCAAAAAGAGUGGAGAUGCGCAGAGUCUCCCUACAAGCGACUCUGUCGGCGACAUCUCUGUCGAUGAUGUAUUCGGCAACCAUCAACCCGCCAUAAACAUGACUCGGUCAGUGACUGCCGUCAGCAAGCCAAAUGCUGGCAUCAGCAACCAGCGUAAUUCUCUGCCUGCUCAACCCUCGACGCCCAUCAAGCGACCGCAAAGUCACCCGUCAUCUUCGCCGGCAAUCAUCCCUUCCACUUCUGCUCACCAUCUUCUACCGCCUGCCAGCGGAGCAGAUGCUGCCUACGCAGGCCCAGAUUUUCACAACUCUCCCAGCGCCGCUAGUCUUCCAGCACCGACGUUCAAGAGCUCAAGGGCGAGCAGAACAGCGCUUCAGAUGCAAGCAUCUGCUAGCGGCGGCAGAUUGUCAACUGGGUCGGUGUCUUCCUCCUCUCUCUCGAGCGAGGAAGGUGGCCAUGGCAAGUCAGCCGAAGUUUCUGCCAGUUCGUCUGUGAGGUCUCUGAGAGGUGGCACUGGCGCUGCCGCGGCGCACUACUCUUCCUCCCCAAACCGACAGUCGGACAGUGACCAAAUUUCGCCAGGCAAUGAGCAGCAGAGUGCGCCAGCGAUGGGUCAGGCCAACAAAUCUACCACGAUCGAGAACCUGCUGGCUCGCAUGAUGGGCUAAAGCUUACCCUUUCUACAGACUCCAUCUUCAACACUGCUGGAGUAGCCGGCAGACCUUGGUCAGAGUGCCUUUGGCUCUGAUGAUCAUCUAGACCAUCAUUCAUCCAUUUUCCUCGCCGGUCUCGACGAUGCUGGACCGCUCGACCAUCUAUCGCCCGUGCGCCCUGCUUCUUUUCUCUUUUCUCUUACUCAGCCUCCUUUGCUGUACACCUCUUUCGCUUCACUUGUACCUUCUCGACUCUCUCACGCAUCAGCUCCGAUGAUGUCUCCCACACACGGUGUGUAUACCUCGCCUGUAUGACCUUGUCAUUGUCUUCUCAUCUAUCCUUUCCGACGCCAAUUGAUACAUGUUCUCAUUGAUACUUGGGUCUCAUUUCCUUG